GGAGCUGCAAUAAGCCGCGGUCGGUGGCGGAGCCCAGCAGCCGAGCAGCAGCAACAGCGAGAGGGGAGGCAGCAGCAGCAGCCGCCGCCGCCUCCGCCACCGUCGCCUUCUCCGCCUUCUCUGGCUUCCCGCUGCCGCGACCCGCUCCUCCUCCUCCUCCUCCUCCUCCCUCGGCGAUGCCGAACCAGAAGAGUAGCAAGGGCAAGAAGAACAAGCGCGCCAACAGCAGCGGGGACGAGCAGGAAAAUGGAGCCCUGGCGGCGGCGGGGGCGGCAGGCGGAGGAGCAGCGCUGGCCGCCGUGGUGGCGGCGGGGGGAGCCAGCGGGCCGGCGGCGGCCGCGGGCAGCGCCGGAGGCUCCGGAGGAGCGGCGGCCGCCGCGGGCUCGGCGCCGGGAGACUCCAAGAACGAAGCUGCUUGUGCUACCCCACUGAUAUGUAGCUUUGGACGGCCUGUUGACCUCGAAAAAGACGACUACCAGAAAGUGGUAUGCAACAAUGAACAUUGUCCCUACAGCACUUGGAUGCAUCUUCAGUGUUUUUAUGAAUGGGAGAGCAGCAUUCUGGCCCAGUUCAAUUGCAUCGGGAGAGCAAGGAGUUGGAAUGAGAAGCAGUGUCGACAAAACAUGUGGACCAAGAAGGGAUAUGAUCUCGCCUUUCGUUUUUGCUCUUGCCGGUGUGGACAAGGCCACUUAAAGAAAGACACCGAUUGGUACCAAGUAAAACGGAUGCAAGACGAGAAGAAGAAGAAGUCUGUGUCCGAAAAGAGCACUGGGAGGUCAACCUCGGAGUCCUCGGAAGAUGUUAAGAAGUGCAGACCUGCCAACAAACCGCAGAAAGGUUUAAACCACGAUAUCCAACGGCGGCAUUCGAUGGAUCGGCAGAAUUCUCAAGAGAAAGGCACCGCUAGCAGUAGCUACCCAGUCCGUUCUCCCUGUGGUUCUCCAGGCCAGUCCCCUCCCGCUGGCUACUCUGUCCUUGCCCCCACACAUUUCAGUGGGCCUCGCUCUUCACGAUACUUAGGAGAAUUUCUGAAGAACGCGAUUCAUCUAGAACCUCACAGGAAGAACAUGGCCAAUAGCGGCAUGUUCCGGAAUGCCCACUUUGAUUAUGGGGCAUCUGGGCUACAAGCACAUAGGUCGGGACAUUUUGAUGCCCCUGUCCAGUUUUUGAGGAGGCUUGACCUAUCUGAACUUCUUGCUCACAUCCCCCGGCAUAAAUUGAACACUUUCCAUGUUCGGAUGGAAGAUGAUGCCCAGGUUGGUCAAGGAGAAGAUCUACGGAAAUUCAUUCUUGCAGCGCUCAGUGCCAGUCACCGAAAUGUUGUCAACUGUGCAUUAUGCCAUAGGGCAUUGCCAGUAUUUGAACAGUUUCCUUUGGUGGAUGGAACCUUGUUUCUUAGCCCAUCAAGACAUGAUGAAAUUGAAUAUGAUGUUCCCUGUCACCUUCAAGGAAGGCUUAUGCACCUCUAUGCUGUUUGUGUAGACUGUUUAGAAGGAGUUCACAAAAUUAUCUGCAUAAAGUGCAAGUCCCGGUGGGAUGGAAGCUGGCAUCAACUGGGAACCAUGUACACAUAUGAUAUUCUAGCAGCGUCUCCCUGUUGUCAGGCUCGACUGAACUGUAAACACUGUGGGAAACCUGUUAUAGAUGUACGUAUUGGAAUGCAGUAUUUCUCUGAAUACAGCAAUGUUCAGCAGUGCCCACACUGCGGAAACUUGGACUACCAUUUUGUGAAGCCAUUUUCGUCGUUUAAAGUUCUGGAGGCUUAUUGACAAAAGCUUUGCCAUAGUAAUAGCUAUUUUAUGAGUAUUGUUCCUUUAUUUUACAUAUCUUUUAUAAGAUCUGUUCUGUGAGGGGGAGGGGAGGGGGCUUUUUUUUUUUCUAACUGAAAGAAAGUGCAGCAGCUUUGUGUGAUUGUGUACAUGUGUUCCUAAUGUAGAUAUGUGUCAUCAAAACCGUGGUCCUCUUGCCAUGAUCUCAGUUGAAGGCAAGGGAUGGGACAACAGAUUGUCUCUCGCUCUCUGCGCUCAUCUAAGCAGGGAGGGGGGAACACCACUCUCUUCUAAUUAGGGCAGAGCAACUUCAAGACAUGGAGAGAAGUUACAGAAACCAGCGACUGGUUCCAAAUAUAUUUCUUUUCUUGUUGUACGUGUAGAUUUGGAGGGAAGGGGGAGGAUCUUCAUAAAUGGCUCAAAGAAGUGGAUGGAAAAUCCUAUGACUGUCCUUACAGAUGGAUGGAAUAUUAUCUAUGGAACAGGGUGAUAGGACCUCCUAGCUAAGGAGCUCUUUGUCGUUAUUUCUGCCCUGGCCCCAUGUGCUCAAAUACACUCCACAUCCCAAUAUGAUGUGUGGGCCACUGAGAAGAGAAAGAGGCAUUCUGAAGGGUCUCAAGUUGGCAUAAUCUCUCCAUGGUUUAAACCACAAAGCCUCACAUCUUACCCUUAGAUCCACUCUGUGCAUUUGCUGUGUCUGGAUGAGGUUGGUGGUCAGGCUGGAUGAGAUCCCAGUGUUUGCCUCUUUCGUAAGAGAAACUCCCACGUUGUUGUUCCCUGCUGAAUUUGCUACCGUCAUCCCUGGGAGCAAGAUCUUGUCUUGAUAGUAUAAGUAGUGCUAGCUCAUAUACUUUGAGGUUCUGUCUGAUGAGGUGAACUUAAAACUUUGACAAAUGAAUGUAAUGCUAUGUCAGAAAAUGCACUGUUUAAAACAAAAAAACAACCCCCCUUAUUUUUGCAUAGUGUCUUCCUGGAGUAUAUAUUUGAUAAUCGGAGCUACUCUCACUGACAGAUCAUACUGUUUCCGCUAACAUUGUAAUUCUAGUAGUCAGGGAAGUUGCUUCUACCAAAACAAACACUGAGAUCUUAAUUAGUUGCAUUAGUUCAGCUUCUUUGAAAGCAUUAAAAAAAAAUUCUUGCGGUUCUCAGAAGGAUUAUUGAGCUCAGUGCAAAACCUGUUAUUAAGAGGUUCCGUGCAUCGGUUGGUUUGACCCUUUUGUCUCUUACUGCACAAAUGUAGGAAAUGAGGUACAAACCAAAUGGAUUGUGUUGCUUAAAGUGGUCCACUCGGAUGCCUGAAUUUUCCUGUAGGGUAGAUAAACUAAAUGAAAUACUACAUUUUAAAGAACAUAACCCUUCACUCGAGCCAAGCUGGUAUGCACCAGUGGUACAGGGUUUGUCCAAACAUCCCAUUUUAAAAAAUAACUAGAAUUGGUGUAAGCAUGCCCUAAGAUUGUGUGCAGGCUCAUGUGUAAAUGGGAAUUGUGGAAUCAGCUGGGAUGCCUUGGAAUGGCAGGCUAAAGGUUCCGAAGAGCAUCUUUGGAUCACAGAAUGGGCUUCUGUUUUAACAGGUCUUUGUGCCAUAUAACAAACUGCAGCACUUUGUCAUGUAGUAGUGCCCUGAAGACCCCUUGGGUACAUGGAAUUAAAUUCUUUCUUUCUUUCUUUCUUUCUUUCUUUCUUUCUUUCUUUCUUUCUUUCUGCUUGUUUGUUUACCCUGGCCAUGAUCUAGGUGGUGCUAAAAUAUGAAGGUAGAUGCUACCUUAUUUUAAACCAGUUGACUUCUACUUUUGGAUACCUAUUUUGAAAUGGCAUUUUUACUUAACUUGUAAAACCUGUAAUUUAGCAUUGGGUUGAGGAAUCCAAAGUGAAAUUAAUGAACUGAUUGAUUUUUGCAUUCCCAGUAGAUUCAGAAUCAAAACCAGUGAGAUUUAUGAACAAAAAAUUCACAUGAUGUUUGUAUUUUAAUUCUUAUCAUAGGCUCCUUAUGAUUUUGUGCAAGAUGUUUGGUUUUUAAAGGAGGGAAUAUGUUAUCUUUUAAAUUCUGAUUGUCUGGAGUAUUUUGUUUUUUGGAACAGAUAUUGAAAAUGGAUGAUCUGCUUGAAAACUUUAUGGGACUAUUAUUCAUAAAAUAAUUUCCUAAGAGAAGUAGCUUAAAUUACUUUCUGUAAAUUAGCAGA